CAUUGUUGCGGUUGGUUACGAAAGUAACAAAAAGAAGUAAUUCGCGUUCACACGCGCUUUCCGUACGUAUAUAUUCGCCAUUUUCUGCCGCCUACUCCAUCGUCAUCGCCGUCGUCACACCGCACAAUGACAAACCAAAACGAAGCAGCACCAAUCUUCACGUUUUCUUGAACCAAUUCCUUCUACUGCUGAUCGCUUUCAAACCUGAUCCAAGAACCAAGUAAUGGAGGCAGCAGCAGCGAUACCAAGCAGAGCUGUGCUUGCGUUGGUUGUAAUUUCGCUAAUUUCCUGUGUUUCUCUUGUUUUCGCCGGCGAUAUAGUUCACCAUGAUGAUGUUGCUCCUACGAGACCUGGCUGUGACAACAACUUUGUUCUGGUGAAGGUUCCAACUUGGAUUGAUGAUAGAGAAGAAGAUGAGUUCGUGGGUGUUGGUGCCCGAUUUGGUCCCACCUUGGAAUCAAAGGAGAAGGAUGCCGAUAAAAGCAGAAUUGCUCUUGCAGACCCUUCCGACUGUUGCACAACACCUAAAAACAAGCUUACUGGUGAAACUAUCCUUGUGCAUCGAGGGAACUGCAGCUUUACAACCAAGGCAAAUGUUGCUGAAGCUGCUGGUGCUUCAGCUAUCCUCAUCAUUAACAAUGGCACAGAACUGUUCAAGAUGGUGUGUGAACCAGAUGAACCUGAUGUUAGUAUUGGCAUCCCUGUAGUCAUGCUUCCACAAGAUGCUGGUGAAAGCUUGAAACAGAAUCUCCAGAAAAACUUGAAUGUUUUUGUGCAGCUAUACUCUCCAAAGAGGCCACUGGUUGAUGUUGCUGAGGUGUUUUUAUGGCUUAUGGCUGUUGGCACCAUACUAUGUGCAUCUUACUGGUCUGCCUGGACUGCUAGAGAAGCUGCUAUUGAGCAGGACAAACUGUUAAAGGAUGGUUCUGAUGAAUACUUGAAUAUGGAGGUUUCAAAUUCAAGUGGUGUGGUGGAGAUCAACACCACAUCAGCAAUUGUGUUUGUUGUGAUUGCAUCAUGUUUCUUGGUUAUGCUUUACAAGUGGAUGUCAUACGGGUUUAUUGAAGUCUUGGUUGUCUUGUUUGCCAUUGGUGGUGCUGAGGGUCUGCAAACUUGUUUGGUGGCUUUAUUGUCAUGUUUCAAAAUAUUUGAACAUGCUGCAAAAACAUAUGUGAAGAUCCCUUUCCUAGGGGCAGUAUCGUAUUUAACACUAGGUGUUUCUCCAUUCUGUGUGACAUCUGCUGUUGUAUGGGCUGUUUAUCGCCGUUUUUCCUUUGCUUGGAUAGGCCAAGAUAUACUUGGCGUCGCGUUGAUUAUCACAGUAAUCCAGAUAAUCCAAGUGCCUAAUCUCAAGGUUGGAACCGUUCUGUUGAGCUGUGCGUUCUUGUAUGACAUUUUCUGGGUGUUUGUAUCAAAAUGGAUGUUCCAUGAAAGUGUGAUGAUAGUGGUGGCUCGUGGAGAUAACAGUGGUGAAGAUGGGAUUCCCAUGCUGCUGAAAAUCCCUAGGAUGUUUGAUCCAUGGGGUGGCUACAGCAUCAUUGGAUUUGGUGAUAUCAUUUUACCAGGAUUAUUAGUAGCCUUUUCUUUAAGAUACGAUUGGUUGUCCAACAAGAGCCUUCGAACCGGAUAUUUCUCAUGGACAAUGAUUGCUUACGGAUUAGGUUUACUUAUUACAUAUGUGGCUUUGAACUUGAUGGAUGGACAUGGUCAACCAGCUUUGCUUUACAUUGUUCCCUUCACAUUGGGUAGGGACUUUUAUAACAUUGGGAAUGAAGAGAGGUGAUUUAAGACAUUUAUGGACAAGAGGCGAACCUGAUAGGAUUUGCCCACAUGUGCAGCUUCAACCCUCCUCUGAAUCUCAACACUCGUAGUGCUAAACUACUACUACUAGUUUGCCUAAGUGUAUAUGUAGUUUAUGACAAUCUACAACUUCCAUUACAACGAGUACAACCGACUAAUGCAUUGUCCCAAGUGUGUAAUGCAUUAGAGAGUUGUACGUCUUGUAGUGAAAGUUGUAUAUUGUUAUGGAUUUUAUUUGCUUAUGUAUGCUCUUACAAGAUUUGUUGCAAGUCCUUUAAUCCCAAGCGUAAAUAGGAAAUUUAGAGGAUAAUGCGUUAAUUACUUGUACAUAUAGUGCCACAUUGGUUUA